AUGAGUUUAUAAAAACAUGGUAUAUUUUUUCAAAGCCAAUUAUAUGUAACAGAACUAUGUGAACCAUUAAAUAUUUUAGAAUUUUUAGAUGAUUAAGUUAAUCAGAGUAUGAGUCAUUCUCUAAAACCAUAAGAUUAAGAAUUACAAAAUAAAAGCAAAUAAAAAGACAAUUUACACAAAAGUAGGCAUUAACUGUAACAAUCUAGUUUAUAGUAAACAGAGAAAUUAAAUAAAAUCCAUAUGGAUCUAGAUGGGCUAAUAAAGUUCUAGAAAAAUAAUUCGGAGUUUAUUUAUCUUAAAUACAACAAAGAUAAAGGCCUAAAUGGAUUAUAAAAAAAUUGAAACCUGCUGAAAGCAUAGAUAAUAAAAAUUAAAAGAAUUCACGAAGUAUUAAUGUAAUUCAAAAUUCGCUUAAUCUUUAGGAUAUAAAAUCUGAAGAAAAAUUGAAUCGACAAACUAUUUCUAAAUCAAAUAGUAGAAGAAUAGAUAGAAUAGUUUAAAAUUAUCGACAAUCUUUUAGUGGGAUAAGGUAACCUUUACCUGCUUUAGAUGACAAUUAUUUUGUAAAAUUGGAUUAAUUCAAUUUAUGA